CUCUUAAAGGUUACCGUUAUCACAUCUUUAUACUUAUAACAUUUUGUAUUUAUUCAUUUGUAGGAGAUAUUAUUUAACAAAACUUUUACCGAUAUAAAUAAUAGUCAUAGUAUAAAACAGAUUUCAGUCGCAUUUGGUAGGCCAUUAAGUUCACGGUGAAUUUCAAAAUGAAGUGCGUUGUUGCAUUGAGUGUUUUCGUGUUAAUUUCAAUUUCGUCAUGUUUAGCUAGUGACCUAAUAAUUGGGACUACCUACAAUGCCCGCUUAACAUGGCAGCAGAAAGCAGACUAUAUGGGAAUCCCAUUCAAGAAGAGAGUAAAGGAAGUAUUCUACUCAGAUCCUGGCCAACAAAUAAUCAAGGGUAUCGUAGCGAGAGACAUCGACCACACGUCAGGGAGCGCCACAGUCACUGCCGGUGGCGUUGGUUUCAGUUUCGCCAACAUUCGUCUUAAGAGUGAACGUGGUAAUGGACUGAAUUACCAAAUCGAGAUUUAUGUAUAAUAUUCGAUAGUGAUAUAGCGACUGCUAUCUCCCUUCUUUGUAUACCUACUAAAUAAACAGAGGUCAAGUUUACUAUAAUAA